AAAAUGGCGUCACUGACCUACUUAGAAAUCGCGUUUGCACUCAUCUGCGUUUUCUACAUUUGGUGUUUCCGAAACAUCAACGGGCUGCCCUGGAAUUGGCCCCUCCUCGGAAUGCUCCCCGCCCUGUUCUGCCACGUCCACCGCGUCCACGACCGCUGCGUCGACCUUUUCCGACUAACCGGCGGCACCUUCCACCUUAAAGGCCCCUGGUUCGCCUCCAUGGACAUCGUCGUCACCGGCGAUCCGGCCAACGUCCACUUCAUCAUGAGCGCCAACUUCACAAACUUCCCCAAAGGCCCGGAGUUCAAGAAAAUCUUCGACGUCCUCGGCGACGGAAUAUUCAACUCUGAUUCCGAACUGUGGAGCCGCCACCGGAAAAUCGCCCGCAGCCUGAUCAGCCACGAGCAGUUCCGGCGUUUUCUGUUGUGGACGAGCCUCGAGAAAGUCGAACAUGGCCUGGUACCCGUCCUGGAACAUUUUUCUGCGGGCGAUUUGAUCGUCGACUUACAGGACGUUUUCCAGAGGUUCACUUUCGACACUACGUGUAUGUUGGUGACAGGUUUCGAUCCCGGAUGCCUGUCGCCGGAAUUGCCGGAUGUUCCGUUCUCCCGUGCGAUGGACGAAGCGGAGGAGGCGAUCUUCAUGCGCCAUUGCCUGCCGGAAAGCCUGUGGAAGCUCGAGAGAUGGCUUGGGAUCGGGCACGAGAAGAAAAUGAGCCGAGCUCGAGCCAUCCUCGACGAGAUCAUAAACAAGUAUAUAUCGAGAAAGCGAGAGGAAUUGUCGAGGAAAGGCCGGACGCGGGAGCUCAGCUGUGCCGGAAAAAAUGGCGUCGACCUAUUGACGUCGUACAUGGAAGGGGACGAGUCGUUCGACGACGAGUUCCUCCGCGACACGAUACUUAACUUCAUGAUCGCUGGCCGCGACACGACCAGCUCGGCGCUGACGUGGUUCACAUGGCUGGUCUCGACGCAUCCGGAAGUGGAGAAAAAAAUCCGGCAAGAGCUGGCCGGAGUCACGCCGGAGGAAAAUGACAGGACGAGGAGGCCGAGGGUGUUCGGCUCCGACGAGGUCCGCGGCCUCGUCUACCUGCACGGCGCAUUGUGCGAAACGCUCCGGCUGUACCCGCCGGUGCCGUUCCAGCACAAGGCGCCGGUCCAGGGAGUUGUGCUCCCGAGCGGACACUACGUAGACGCGAAGAUGAAAGUGAUGUUCUCGCUGUAUGCAAUGGGGAGGAUGGAGUAUAUAUGGGGGAAAGACGCCGGCGAGUUCAGGCCGGAGAGAUGGAUCACGGAGAGAGGAACGAUUAAACACGAGCCAUCGUAUAAGUUCCUGGCGUUCAACGCCGGUCCCCGGACUUGCCUGGGGAAGGAGGUGGCGUUCACGCAGCUGAAGGCGGUGGCCGCCGCCAUGCUGCAUAAUUACAAGGUGGAGCCGGCGGAGGGGCACCGCGCCACCCCUAAUGUCUCCGUCAUUCUCUACAUGAAGAAUGGAUUCAAGGUUAAGAUUUCCAGAAGAUGA